AUGUCACCGCUUCUGCUGAGUGCUUCGGAUUCUCUCCACUGCUCUCUGUCUUCGCCGCCAUCACCGGAGCUGAACGUGGGAGACUCCGCUAGCGAUGCCUACUCACCUCCGUAUUACCCGGCGCCCAAAGGUGGAUGGCUGCCAAACUGGGCUGAAGCCUACGAAAAGGCGCAUAAAAUCGUGAGUAAUAUGACUCUGGCCGAGAAGGUGAACCUCACAACUGGCACCGGUUACUUCAUGGGGCCUUGUGCCGGUCAAACCGGGAGUGCCUGGCGAGUCGGAAUCCCCAAUCUUUGUCUUCAUGACUCUCCUCUUGGGGUUCGUAAUUCCGAUCAUAACACGGCUUUCCCUGCCGGUAUCACCGUGGGGGCUACAUUCGACAAGAAACUCAUGUAUGAUCGGGGUGUAGGCCUCGGUGAAGAAGCACGAGGAAAAGGGAUCAACGUUCUUCUGGGUCCCACUGUUGGUCCGAUUGGGAGAAAGCCACGAGGCGGUCGCAACUGGGAGGGAUUUGGGGCAGAUCCCAGUCUGCAGGCCAUUGGGGGUUCCCUCACGAUCAAGGGUAUGCAAAGCACCGGGGCCAUUGCGUCGCUCAAGCACUUUAUUGGCAAUGAGCAAGAGAUGCAUCGCAUGAGCACUGUUGUCACCCAGGGGUAUUCUUCCAAUAUUGAUGACAGGACGCUACAUGAGCUUUAUUUGUGGCCGUUUGCAGAGAGUGUGAGAGCUGGAGCUGGCUCAGUCAUGAUUGCUUAUAACGAUGUCAAUCGUUCCGCCUGUAGCCAAAACAGCAAACUUAUCAACGGGAUACUUAAGGAUGAAUUGGGCUUUCAAGGAUUUGUCGUAACCGACUGGCUGGCGCAGAUCGGCGGUGUCUCAUCUGCGUUAGCUGGACUGGACAUGGAAAUGCCAGGUGAUGGAGCUGUUCCACUCCUUGGAGAUAGUUACUGGGGCUCUGAACUGUCUCGCUCUGUUCUCAAUAGAACGGUCCCAGUUGACCGGCUGAAUGAUAUGGUGACACGAAUCGUGGCAACAUGGUAUAAAAUGGGCCAGGAUAAAGACUACCCUCUUCCCAACUUCUCCGGUAACACGCUCGAUGAGAAAGGAUUGCUCUACCCGGGAGCUCUGUUUUCUCCAGUUGGCAUUGUCAACCAAUAUGUGAACGUCCAAGGCAAGCACGAUAUCACUGCACGAGCAAUAGCGAGAGAUGCCAUCACGUUGCUGAAGAACGAGGACAGUAUCUUGCCGCUAAGACGUAAUGACUCUUUGAAGAUUUUCGGCACCGACGCUGGUCCUAAUCCAGAUGGCCUCAACUCCUGCACUGACCGAGGAUGCAACAGAGGCGUCUUGACUAUGGGCUGGGGAAGUGGAACCUCCAGACUGCCGUACCUUAUUACGCCGCAGGAAGCAAUCGCCAAUAUCUCGUCCAAUGCCGAGUUCCACAUUACAGACACGUUUCCCCCGAAUGUCUCCCCAAGCCCACAGGACACCGCAGUUGUCUUCAUUAAUGCGGACUCGGGUGAGAACUACAUCACUGUAGACGGCAACCCCGGAGACCGCACCACGGCAGGCUUGAAUGCGUGGCACAAUGGUGACGAUCUCGUCAAAGCUGCAGCUGAAAAGUUUUCACAGGUAGUUGUUGUGGUUCACACCGUCGGUCCCAUCCUGAUGGAGAAGUGGAUUGACCUGGACUCCGUAAAAGCGGUCCUCGUUGCACAUCUUCCCGGACAAGAGGCGGGCUGGUCCCUGACGGAUAUCCUCUUUGGUGACUAUAGCCCCAGUGGCCAUAUGCCUUAUACAAUUCCACGCAGCGAGUCGGAUUAUCCAUCCAGCGUGGGCUUGCUCCAGCAACCCUUUGGCCAAAUCCAAGACACAUUCACUGAAGGAUUGUAUAUUGAUUAUCGGCAUUUCCUGAAAAAUAACGUCACACCUCGAUAUCCAUUUGGUCAUGGACUCUCUUAUACCACCUUCAGCUUUUCUGCACCCAGUCUCUCGAAGGUCACGCCGAUAGACAGUGUCUAUCCCCCGGCACGACCACCCAAAGGAUCCACACCCACAUACCCAACGACCAUCCCUGCACCGUCAGAAGUCGCCUGGCCGAAGCACUUUAAUCGUAUCUGGCGCUAUCUAUACCCAUAUCUGGACAACCCGGAAGGCGCAGCAGCCAACACAACGAAGAAGUACCCAUAUCCAGAUGGAUACACAACUGUCCCAAAACCCGCGCCGCGCGCUGGUGGCGCUGAAGGCGGGAAUCCCGCUCUGUGGGACGUAGAUUUUUCUGUCAAAGUGAAGGUUACCAACACCGGCACACGAAACGGCCGCGCUGUCGUACAACUCUAUGUGCAGCUGCCUACUACUUUGGGGGUCGAUACUCCAUCACGUCAGCUGCGACAAUUCGAGAAGACUAAGACCCUGGCUCCGGGGGAGAGCGAGGACCUGACACUUGAGAUCACCCGUAAGGACAUCAGUAUCUGGGAUGUCGCGAUGCAGGAUUGGAAGGCACCAGUAAACGGCGAGGGAGUCACCAUCUGGCUAGGACAGAGUGUGGCUGAUAUGCGUGUACGAAGGCCCAACUCGGCCGCAGAGCACUUUAUUGAUGCUAUAACGCCUGGUCACAGUCCCUUACCAUCAAAUAUGCAGGGCUUCAACAUGGGACGUUAUGUCCCUCCAGACCAAGAAGGUCUCACGACCGGCAACAGGCUGGCCGGAAAGCAUCCACUGGGAGCGCGUGCCCGCCACCUACAUACAACCGGCGCCCUAGUGGUACGGUUUGAGAUGCCCUUCGCGGUAUGGUGCACAACUUGCAAACCCCACGAGACCCUCAUCGGUCAGGGAGUGCGAUUCAACGCCGAGAAAAAGAAAAUAGGCAACUACCACUCUACGCCCAUCUAUAGUUUCCGUAUGAAACAUUCCGCGUGCGGCGGGUGGAUCGAAAUCCAUACGGAUCCUAAGAACACGGCAUAUGUUGUGACCGAAGGCGGGAGGAAACGAGAUACCGGCGAAGAGAAGGAGCUUGGACUAGGAGAAAUUGCGAUCAAGUUACGAGGAGAAGAGGGAGACGAGACCCGGAAUGACCCGCUGGCGCGGUUAGAAGGGAAGGUGGAGGAUAAGAGGCGGGCUGAGACGGAGCAAAGUCGCAUUUUUGAGCUGCAGCGACGGCAGAACCGUGAUUGGGAGGAUCCAUAUGAGCAGUCCAGACGGCUGAGACGCGGGUUCCGGGCUGAACGAAAGACGCUCGAGAGUGCCGAAGCGAAGCGUGAAGCGUUGAAGGACAAGAUGAGUCUAGGGAUUGACUUGGUUGACGAGACCGAGGAGGAUCGAUUGCGUGCUGGCUUGGUCGAUUUUGGCCCCGUGGGUGAACCGCCUGUGCGAGUGCGACCCAUGUUCCAGUCGGCCGUCUCGACGCCGAAGAUGAUGGCUGCCGCUUCGGGAAGCCGGGGUGGGAAAAGGCCCAAAACUGCACAUCUUCGUGCAGAACGCAAGGCGAUGUUUCGCAGUUCAUUGACGAACAAUACUCGUGCAGUAGUCGAUCCAUUUCUCAGUCAAGAUAUAAAUACUUGGCAACCGGAAGCUAAAAGACGGAAAACUGGUUUAAAUAAACCGGCAGAUGCGAGCAAAGAAACUGAGAGCACGGAGACUAACCAGUCAUCGUCUACGGGUUCAGAUGCACCUUCGCAGAAGGCAAGCACUUCGGAUCAGAAUAAGCCGGGCGCUUCGACUGCGUUGGUGACUUAUACUUCGGAUUCUGAUUCAGGCUAA